AUGGUUGUUGCCCUGUGCAGCACCUCAGCCCCGGGGGAAAUCACCCGCCGCAACGGUGUUGCCUCUGCCUGCUCGAUCCCGACCCCUUACACGGGAAAGGUUGACGGGCCUAGGCCGCAUCGCUGCGGCGACCGAAGUCCGGGUGCCUUUUGGUGCCCGGCAUCGUUGGAGUCUGUGGAUCACUGGCCGCUGGCCAUACCCGAUACUCAGAUUCCUGGAGGGGAGCCGCCCCGCGGAAUCCGCCGUUCGUCGGCGUGCCCGCGGGGUCCGGACCCUUCACCCGAGGACCAUAUGCCGCAGCCAGACAGCGCCCGCAAGGGCGGCCUGAACGGAACACCUGCGUGCGGACUGGUGCUGAGGGGCUUAGUGGGGGGCAAUUGGAUGGUCGUCCACGUCUUCCCGGUACGCCGGGGAUGCCGUUGCGACCGGACGCCUCGUGCGUCCCUUCCAUUUAACUACAUUCUACCCCCCCGGGGGUCUGGGCCUCCGGUCCUCUCGGCUCUUUGA